GCACUAAYCUGGAAUCAUCGAAAUUAUAAAAAUGCCUGUGAAAAAAACAGUUCUUAAUAGUCGUAGUUUUGAUAUUUACCAGGAUAGAAAUAAGUAUUAUGAGGAUUUACGUCGUAAACGUAAUGAUGUUACUAUUGAGUUACGAAAAAAAUCACGUGAUGAGCAGUUGAAUAAGCAUAGAAAUAUAGUAGAAGCCCAUGAUGAUGAAUUGGAAAUAAAACCUGAAGUUGAAUUGACAAUUGAUGAUAUCAAAGAAGGUAAAUUAAUUUCUUUAUGCAACCCGAGAAUAGUUUACACAAUCAUUAAAAACCUUACAGAGCCGGGAGAUGUCAAAGUUCAAAAAGAAGCGGCUUGGGCCAUAAACAAUCUAUUUAGUGGCGGUUCAGAUGCUCAGAAAUCUCAUCUGAUUGAUGUUGGAAUAUUGGAACCUUAUUGUGCUUUAUUAAUAUCUCCAGAUGAUAGAAUGGUAGAAAUUAUACUUGAAGGUCUUAAUCAACUAUUAGAAAAAUCUGAAUGCACCAGAGGCAAGCUUUGUAUGUUAAUUGAAGAAGCAAGUGGAUUAGAUCACUUAGAAGCAUUGCAGAAUCAUUCUUCUCAAAAAAUUUAUGAGAUGUCAUUCAAUAUAGUAGAAAAAUAUUUUCAAGGAGAGGAUGAAACUCAAGAAUUUGACUUGGGAAUAAUUCCACAUGAUAUGAGUUCAGGCAAUAUGUUCAGCAUUGAUCAUUGACGAGGAAAAAUAUAUCUCAUA